UUAAAGAACAUAAAGAUGGACAAGGCAGCCUUGGUUUUCAUGUUCAUAACAUUUGGCACUGCCAAUCACGUGCCGAGAUCUGAACUUCAAAACUCCAUCCCAGGUCUGGCUUCACAGAAACCUGCAUUCUGUAAUGGCAUGGAUUGCCCAGAGUUCACUGUUGUCAAGUCAACGAAGGACUACGAGAUUCGAGACUACGUUGCCACAGACUGGGUCUCCACCGAUCAGCUCAACAUGGAGUACAAGGAGGCCUGGUCUAAAAACUUCAUGAAACUCUCCCAAUACAUCAGCGGACAGAAUGAUAAAAUGCAGAAGGUUGCCAUGACAUUCCCAGUGGUGACAAGAAUCAUCCCAGGGCAGGAAUCCAAUUUCAGAAUGAACUUCUUUGUGGCCCCGGCUCAAAAACCAGCCCCGAAACCAACCAAUCCAGAGGUGUUCCUGCAGUCUAUCCCCACGUUAAGAGUUUAUGCGAGGCGGGUUGCUGGCUAUGCGAGGGACUAUCCUGUGUGGAAGGACGAGGCUGUGAAGCUGGAAGAAGCCUUGACCAAGGAUGGACUGGAGUUUGUCACGGAAAAAUGGUGGACUGCCAGCUAUGACGCGCCCUUCAACAGGCACAAUGAGGUCAUCUUCAUGGCCAAAUAGGCUUUUGAAGUGUUUGCAGAUACAACUGAAUACUGAAUGAUGUCCGCAAUAU